AUGUCGCAGGCGUCGCACCAGCUCGUUCGCCCUGUCACCAUGCUCGUGCUGCUUCUCGGAGCGUCGCUCGCCGUCGCCAGGCCGGCUCGUGCGACGUCGCCCGGCUCGCCAGGCCCGAUCGAUGCGAUCUUCGUGUUCGGCGACUCGCUCCUGGACGUGGGGAACAACAACUACGGCCCGGCCGACUGGCCCAAGAAUAACUUCGCGCCGUACGGCACUAACUACAUCCCCGCGUCGGGCCGCGUGUGCGACGGCAAGCUCACCGUCGAUUACCUCGCGGAGUGGCUGGGAUUCCCCGGGUCGCCCCCGCCGUACCUGCAGCCGGGCCGCAAUGCGACGCUCGGAGUGAGCUUCGCCAGCGCUGGUGCCAGCUUCAACAUCACAGGAUACACCCUCCCGGCCUUCCAGGCAUCGCAGCAGCUGCAGUGGUACACCAAGCUCCAGGCCGACGUGAACGCAGAAGCAGGCGCCGACCCGCUCCUCCCAAAGUCCCCAGCCGUCUUCUCCUCUGCGCUGCACAUCGUUGGACUCGGCGCCAACGACUACCAGAUCCUCUUUUUCGGAGACCGCGUCAACGAAAGCACCAUCCCGAGGCUAGCCGCUGGGGGCUCCCAGCAGGCGCGGGAGUUUGCUUCCGCGGUGGUGGGAGCGGUUGAGGUGUAUGUGAGAGGGCUGUAUGGGAUGGGUGCGAGGCGGUUUUUGCUGUCGGAGCUGCCGCCGUUCGGGUGUGCGCCGCUGUGGCGGCAGGCGCUGCAGCAGGCGGGGUGUGUGGCGGUGCUGAACGGGUACGCGCAGGCUCAUAACCGUCUGCUGGCUGCUGCUGUGGGGAGGCUGAGGGAGGAGCUGGUGGGGUCGCAGAUUCUGCUCGCCAAGGUGUACGGCCUUGUGGAGACAGCUGUUGCUGACCCUGCCACUGUUGGCCUCCUGGAGGGCAGCAACGCGUGCUGCGGCGGCCCUCCUCCUCUCAACGGGCUCGUGCAGUGCGGUACGACGGCCAACCUGGGUGGUAACCAGGUAACCGCAACUGAGUGCAGUCGCCCACAGGACGCGGUGUUCUGGGACCAGUUCCACCCCUCGGAGUCCCUCAACCGCAUUCUAGCUCGCAACUCGUUUGUUGGCCGCCAGGAUUCCAUCACCCCUAUGAGCGUGCGUGACCUUGCCCAGCUUGCUAGAGGGCACAAGUGA